UCAAAGGUGGCUUAGAAAGUUUGAGACUCCUAUAAGAAGGCCUUUAUUCUGUCUAGGAGUGGAUUUUGACUCUUGCCGGCACACAGAAGAGAUAAGUUGCAGGUCCUUCAGCGUUAUGCAGUAAAUCAUUGUGUCGGCAAGCGUGUAUAAGUGCAAUGAAGUGGCACGCUCCUCAGAAGGCCAGCGGUUUCUACUCGUGCUCUUCUAACUCAAUCAACAUGACGACCAAGGAAGACCUUGAAGCCAUCGAGAACCAGAUAUCCACCAUCCAGUGCUCCAAUGGAGACACGGCCGGCCCGGUUCUUGCCCAUGGCAGGUUAAAAACAGUAGAGAAGGGGCGAAACUGGGGAUGGCUUCUGUCGGGGUUCAUCUCCCUAAAUAUCCUACUCCUGGGAAUCGCCAUAGUGAGCGGGAGUGUCUUCAACAAGGUCCAGAUCUCUUCUUCACAUCUUCUGAUUUUCCUCAUCUUACUCGUCAUCCUCACCACCGUUUGGAUGGUUUACUACAAAGUCCACACUUCUCGGGUGCAUCAAGCAGUGCUGUAUAAAGACAGUCAUGCUGGUCCGGUUUGGCUGAGAGCUGGACUGGUUCUGUUUGGCGUCUGCAGUGUAAUCAUGGAUAUUUUCAAGAUCAUGUAUUACGUGGGUCGAAUGCACUGCGAGUCCCCGGUGAAAGUCGUGUUCCCUGCUGUGCAAGCUCUGUUUGUCAUCGUCCAGACAUACGUCCUCUGGGUCCACGCAAAAGACUGCGUACAGAUACAGCAAAACAUCACACGAUUUGGCCUGAUGUUGACCCUGUCUACGAACCUCAUGGUGUGGAUGACGGCUGUGACUGAAGAGUCGCUCCAUCAAACAGUGGCUCCAAAGGACCCUUCGUCCAACGGUUCCUCAAACAACGGCCACAGCUACAACGUCACCACAGAAGGCCGUGCUGAAGUCAGCGAAUGCAAGUGUUUCCAUGACAUGUGUGAUGUUUUCGAGAAGACCUUUUACUACCUGUACCCCUUCAACAUCGAGUACAGCCUCUUCGCCUCCGCCUUGGCCUACGUCAUGUGGAAGAACGUGGGCCGCAACAUGGAUGAACACCACAGUCACAAGCUGCGCUUCAGCCCAUGGGACGUCCUAGUCGGGCCAGUGGCGGGUCUGAUCAUCCUAGUGGCGGGUCUGGCAACAUUCGUGGUUUACGAGGUGGACGUGGCCGAAGGAGACCCGAAAAAGACGGAGGGGGCGCUAAUAACGCAUUAUAUAAUGAACAUAGUUGCCAUCAUUCUCAUGUCCAUCACGUGUCUGAUCGGUUGUGUGGUUUUCCGCAUGGAUAAGAGGGAGCAAGUGUCAGGAAAGAACCCAACGAGGAGUCUGGAUGUCGGGCUUCUCGUGGGAGCGUCUUUAGGACAGUUCCUCAUCUGUUACUUCAUUAUCGUCGCGGUUCUGGCGUCGGGGGUCAUGGGGAGCACGAACAGACUCAACCUGGUCUGCGCUAUCCUGACCGUGAUCCAGUUGUGUCUCCAGAACGCCUUCAUCAUCAAGGGCCUCCACCGGGAGCCGUUCGUCGAGACGGAGACCAGCACCGUCUUCGCAAACGUCAUGGCCGUGAGAGAGAGAGACCCGGAGAGGAGGAGCAGCUCGAUCGUCCCGGCUCACACGCUACCCAUCCCGCUGGGGAUCCUCCAGGGUCGCCUCUCCUGGAAGAGGAGGAUGAUUAAGGAGAUCUGCGCAUUCCUGUUGCUCUGCAACAUCAUUCUCUGGAUCAUGCCCGCCUUCGGAGCCCGGCCUCAGUUCGACAACACCGUCGGGUCGGAUGUGUACGAGUUUCAGACGUGGGCGGUUGCGGUGAACAUCGGGAUGCCGUUCGGGAUCUUCUACCGGCUGCACUCAGUGGCCAGUCUGUUCGAGGUGUGCCUCACCUCAUAAACCCACUGACCACUCAUGAACUGAACGGGCUUAUGCACAUUGUAAUAUAUAUAUAUAUUUUUAAUAGUAUAUUUUUGUUUGGCUGAAAGGGAGAUUUUGUACUACAUUUUUAUUGGUGUGUGUGUACGUGUGUGGAGAUGUAGACCAUGUUGAACUGAAAUCUUUUAAUAUGUGAAUAAAUAUUUUCUGAAAUAUGGCCCCUGUUACAGAUGUUGGCAAUGCAGUGAAAUCCUCAGGAAGUAGAUCUUGCCCUCUCAUUCCCAGUUUCUGUUUAUUCUGAUCACUAUGUGUCCAGAUUAAAGUGAGCACACAUAUUGCUGUACUCAACCUGUUUUACUUAUGCUCUUCUUCAUUGUGAAUAAAUGAAGCCUGAACACAAAAACGUGACACAGUGAGAAGUGUUUUUUUUUGUACUCUAUAUUCUCUCAAUAUAUAUUGGGACAAAUUUUGCACAAACAUUAAAACACAUGUACAAAUGCAAAGUCUUGAUCUGCUCCACAAACUCUCUUAUAAAUACUGCAACAAAUGAAGAGAAACAUUCGGUUUACAGUUAUCGGCACUUUAAACAAUAAGAUGAACAUAUGCAGAAAUUCACACACCACAAGCUAAUCUUUCUAUUUGAUUGUUUGUCAUAUUUAUCAUAUAUGUAGCCAGUAACUUCAAACAUCAAGCGAUAUUUACACGA